GGGGUCGUGGUCUGUAGUGCAGAAACCUGAGCAGCCAUGCCGAGGAAGAAAGUCACCAAAGUAAAGAGAGCCAAAGCCGGGAAAGCAAAGAAAGAAGGAAAACAGGAGACCAAGGCGGUCAAAGAGUCUGACAUCGAGAAGGCCAAGGCCAACGCGGCCCUCUGGGAGCUGAGGUUACAGGUCACCGACCGGUCGCUCGUGGAGUAUCGCGAGGCUUGUCGUAAAUUGGCACGCGCAAACGAAGAGCUCACCUGCCAGCUGUACCGCGCGGAGAAGGACAGCAUCGACGUCACUGGCUUCCUGAAGAGACAAGACGCAUCUAAAGAGGAUAAGAUCAAUACGCUGCAGAAAAGCCUCAAAAGACAAGAUGUACUGGCACGUGAAGAACAAAACAAAGUGGUUAAUGAUUACAAAAUUCAAAUAACUGAGAUGAAGGAACUGUUCAAAAAGAAGUCCAGUGACUUUAACAUGAUCCAAGAUGGGAUGAAGAACAUUAAGGAAUUUCAGAAGAGGAAAACCCAGAUGGAGCAGGAGCUCAGUGAUAUUAGAGAAAAUAUGGAUGCUGCUGAUAAGGAGCACGGGGAAGACCUCAACAAAAUGGAGUACAAAUUCUUCAAAGAAAAGGAUCGGCUGGAGAAGGAAGCUGAGCGUACGAUAGCCCAGGUGGUAGAGAGGGCCCACACUGAAGCCAUUGUGCAGUUGGAUGAUGCCUCGCGCUCUGUAUUCAAGGAGAACGUCCGUCUCAAUGAAGCGCUGAAAUAUCACAUGAAGGAGGCAGAGCAACUGCAGAUAUUGACAAUUUCAAUGGCUAAUGAAAAGGCCUCCCUGACAGUGGACAAGAACACGUUUGAGUUGAUGGUCAAGAAAAAUGCAGCUCAGAUGGAGGCCCAAAAAAAGGAGCUAUCUAACCUCAGGGCCAAGGUUGCUUCUCUGGAGCAGGCCCUCGAGUUAAAAGCUUUGGAACCUGAGAGAGAGGAGAAGGAGGAGAAGAAGACCCUGAUCAGCAUCCAGGCCGGCCAGGUAGAGUUGGAGAAGCUCCAGAAAGUGCUUUCCAUGCGGGAGAGGGAAUUGGGGCAUGUCAAGCGGCUAGCAGGCACCGUUGUACAGCAGCGCACGGAGCUGGAGCAGUUCUUCCAUGAGGCCCUGGCUCAGGUGAAGCAGGAGAUCAUGGCCAGCAGGUCGCAAUACAAAAAGGAGGCUCUACAGGCUUAUCGCUGGAGGCUAAGAGAAGCCACAGCAGGAAAACUAAAGUUCCCACCUAUCCGCACCUUUCAGAAAGGCCCCCACAGCACCAACUCUGUCUAUUCAGACAUGGAGGCUGCUGCAAGGUGGACUCAUCCACCAGGCAGCAAAGUUGAAAUCUCCGAUCUAACUUGGGAGCAGAAGGAACAAGUGCUCAGGCUUCUAUUUGCUAAAAUGAAUGGACAGACGGAAAGGAAACCCAUCCAACCUCUGGCUCUGUCUGCCUCCUCUGAGAAGAAGAGCCUUAUUGACAGCGAUGCUGCUGGAAUUAGAGAGGAGCUCUCCCCGGCGACCUUCAUCACCCAGGCGCCUGAGCCCGUUCUGCCCUCAAACCCAAACAGCCUGCCGGAUAUACACACCGCAUGACCUCUGUGUGGCCUUUACGUUGCACAUCACACUCUGGGUUGUUUGUCUCUGCUUUGUACGUGUCCCAUAGAGUGUCAUGUGU